AUGAUAGCAAAGGAUGGCUUGCCUCUAAAUACUGUGGAAAAAACAGGCAAAAUUGAAAUUAAAAAUACAAGAAGUAGAAGCACUAUCUUUGGCUGCAGAUGUGUAACUGCUCUAACAGAAUCAGACAAUGCUGAUUACUUAGAACAAGUUAUUAUUAAUAUGACAGAAAAAUGUGACAUCACAAGUGACAAAGUGGUAGCGUUUAUCACGGACAAUGGCACUAAUAUCGAUAAAGCAGUAACAAAUGUUUAUGGCAAAAAUAAACACAUGCCAUGCUUUGCUCAUACAUUAAACCUAGUAGCAUCAAAACCAUUUGACAAUAAGGAUGGACUAGACAAAGCCAAGAAUUUAUUAACAGCUGUUAAAAAUAUUACUUCAUCUUUUAAGCAAAAUGCAAAUGCUGAUGACUCUCUAAAGAAAGCUCACGAUCAACAAACAAAGCCUUUGGGGCUUAUUCAAUCUGUGUGUUUCCAGCUGACUGGAAAGACGAAUAUGCUGUCCCCAUGUUCAAAUCAGACGUGA